AUGGCAUCUUCUUCUCAUUUUCAUUACCACAAAGAUCAUAAAGAUGAUGCUAUGGAUUAUGCUUUUGAUGAAUUUUUUGAGAAUCCUGACAUUUUUCCAGAACUAAAAGAGAGAAAAAAACGUGUUUUUAUCGAGAUAAAUCGGGAAGACGGCCACGAGAAGCUAUGGAAUGAUUACUUUAGCGAGAAUCCAACAUACACUUCCAAGUUAUUCCGGCGACGGUUUCGAAUGAACAAAUCAUUGUUCAUGCGUAUUGUCUAUCGUCUCUCCACCGAAGCACCGUAUUUUAAACCAAAAGAAGAUGCAACCGGACGGGCUAGUCUAUCACCCCUACAAAAAUGUACGGCAGCAAUUCGACAAUUGGCAUAUGGUUGUAGCGCUGAUACAGUUGAUGAAUAUGUCCGACUUGCUGAAACGACAGCUCGGAAAUGUUUGCAUCAUUUUACGGAGGCAAUUAUCACUUUGUUUGGCGAUCAGUACCUACGACGUCCCACACCGGAGGAUCUAGAAAGACUACUCUAUAUGGGAGAAGAACAUGGGUUCCCAGGGAUGAUUGGAAGCAUCGACUGUAUGCAUUGGCAGUGGAAGAAUUGCCCGACCCCUUGGAGAGGAAUGUUUGCACGAGGAACCGGAAAACCAACUAUUGUUUUGGAGGCCGUAGCUUCACAGGACCUCGGGAUAUGGCACGCGUUUUUUGGAGCCCCAUGUACUAUGAACGAUCUUAAUAUUCUUGAUCGAUCACCUGUUUUUGAUGACAUUAUUUACGGAAUAGCGCCAGAAGUAAAUUAUUAUGUCAACGGAAACGAGUACAAUAUGGCUUAUUAUCUCACGGAUGGUAUUUUUCCGAAGUGCGCGACUUUUAUUCAAUCUAUCAAACUACCACAAGGUGAGAAAAAUUCAUUAUUUGCUAAAAAACAAGAAGCUGUGCGGAAAGAUGUCGAGCGUGCCUUCGGAGUCCUCCAAUCUAGAUUUGCCGUUGUCAAAAAUCCAUCAAAGUUAUGA